CUUAUGGAUAUCGUACUCUUUAUUCAAGCAGUAAAAAUACUCUUCCUUUUAAUCAAUUUCAUGUAAAUUCAAGUUAUGAUGGUAGUCUGGGAUUUAAGGUUAUCGAUGAUACCAAUGUAAAUCGUUAUAAAAGUAUUUAUCCUAUAUUACCAAAUGGAACUACAAUAGAUAUCAAUCUUGAUUUUCCAAAUUAUAAAAACAUAAGCAUUAGUCGCAUAUACCCUUUAACUAUGAAACUUUAUUUCUUACUUUAUGAUAAUAUUGUCAAUG